CUUAGGUUGAGUACAGAAGCAUGAUCUGCCUGUCACUGUGGCUGUGGUGGACCUUGCUGAGGGGCUGUUGUCAGACAGAGGAAACCGUGCCGAUAUUACUGGGUCAAGGCCAGCCAUGUGGAGUGGACAUAGAGGGAGUGUGCGGAGCUAACCUCACCUGCGUGACUGGAGAUGGACAAGCUUCUGCUACAGGAGUAUGUACGACACCACUGGAUACAGACUGCGUCCCCUGCGCCAGUGUGCAAUGUCCACCAACCAGACGUGUCUGUCCCGGGGGGCAUGUGACAGAGCCAUGCGGUUGCUGCCCACAUUGCGCUCGCCAGCAUGGGCAACUGUGCGGCGGCCCACACUGGAGCAGAGGCUACUGCGACCGAGACCUCACCUGCUCCCAGAUCACUGGCCUCCUGCCGGCCACACCCCCACACACUGGAGUCUGCAAAGUGCUUUCAGGGCAUCAGACGGACCACCUUGCCGAUCCGUUGUGUCCGUUGGUGACAGGUUGCAAUGUGAGGACCGGAGCUUGUGACUGCUACACUCUCCAGACCUGCCACUGGGUUUUUUCCUAUCGAACCCUGGAGGACUGUCUCAAGGUCAUGAAAGAAGAUGAAUACUACUGGAUGGGAAAAGGUGGGAAAAGUGAAGACAGUGAAGAGAUGGAGGAGGAAGAAGAGGAGGAAGAGGAGGAGGAGGACUGCACAGAAUGGAACUGUGAGGUGCAGGAGGGCCGGUGUGCGUGCGGAGAGAGGAGCUGUGAUCCUCAGACUCAGCCACUGUCCGAGGAAGCAUGUCAGGACCUUCUGCUGGUGCAAGCCAACUGCAGCAAUGUCACUUGUCCUGAAGUUCCAGUUCCCUCCUGCCCUGAAGAUUCCAUAUUAACUCAGCCCUUCAUCCUGCCAGGCAGCUGCUGCCCUCUAGUGCCUGCUCUGUGCACCUGCAUCUUUGAGAAGUGCACAACACCCGUUCCCACCUGCCCUCCUGGCCAGCAACUUAAUAACACUGUCAAGGCGAAUGGGUUUCCAGGUUCUUGCUGUGACUUAUAUCUAUGCGAAAGUUCUGAAGAAGAAGAACCACAAGACUCGUGAGGAGAUUGCAUUAGUUUGCCUCAGACUAGAGUCACCCAUGAAUGUUUGCUCUAUGAGUCACCCAUGAAUGUUUGCUCUAUAUCCCGGGUCAAAUAGUUGAAUGCAGCUGUUAAAAUGUUGAAAAUGACAUUGAGGGAAAGCUGAUGAAUGGAAUAUUGGUAGUUAUUAAUAUAUUGAGAAGAUGUUUUUAAUUCUUUUUUUUUUUUUUAUGACUCAUGUCCUAAUUUCCCCAUGUUUUUGGACACUUAUUAAUGGCAUGAGAACUGAUGUAUUUUCUCUAGUUUGAUGUUAUGACCUGUAAAUACUGUACAACUGAAAUCAGUAUAGUUCCACAAGCAUGAAUAUGAACACUAACUCAUAAGCCUAAAGGCUUUGAGACUCUCCCUGAUGUAGAAGGCUUUUUUUUCGCAUACAGCACAACUGCAUGUGUAGAGUUUAUUUUUUUCAACACACUUUUCAACACAUUCAUCAUCAGUAGCCUAUGUGAACUGUGGAUCCUUUUGCAUUUCUUUGAUAGGCCUAUAAAAUGUGACCACUUUUUCUGAAAUAUCUUUCUCGUGUUUUUCACAAUGAGCAAAACUUCAAAAGACUUAGGGUUUUGUGUAAAACGUUCAGUUUCUUGUCUGAAGCCUGUCAUUUAGUUAUAUUUGCAUCAAAAUGUGCAUAUCUUGUAUAGGCAAAAUGUUGAUGUUUAAUGUCAAUGAUGUUAAUGUUGAUGUCAAUAGUUGUCACUGAAGAUAAUUGAGUUGUCAGAGAGAGCCUGAUAGAAGAAUGCAACAAUAUAUUUUCCAAACUCAAUACUGGCAUCUGUGUGGGGAGGAAAAAAGGCCACAUCUCAAUGGGAGAAAUGUUUCAUUGCCCUCUGGCUCUGGGGUGUCCUUUUUAGUUGUGU